CAAAUGAAUUUAUAUUAUUUUUAAGAAAAUAAUUAAAAACGAAAACGUUAUCAAAUUGGAAUUUAAAGACUGUGGGCGUCGUUUCAGUUGAACUCUGUCUGAGAUCAGUUAUCCACGCGUGUCCCAAAAUUCCAAACGUGGCAGCUGCAUUCUCACACGGUGUCUGUCCUGUAUACACGUGUGAAAUUCUAUCCUUUCACAUGCAAAGUGCAAACUUAAGAGACCCCCUCAUUGUAUAUUUUAAAUUAAAAUAUAUUUACGUUCCUCCAGCAGUCAAUUUGCUUCCGUUUUGUUUCAAACUAUCAUUUCAUUCUUUCAUCCGUCUCUACAAAGCAUAUAAUCUACAAUGGCGAAUGUGCGUGACGAGCAUGGAAACCCGGUUCAACUGACCGACGAACGCGGGAACCCGGUUCAACUGACCGACGAAUUCGGCAACCCCAUGCACCUCACCGGUGUUGUUGGCACCACGCCUUCUAAGCUCGAUCCCACCGCUCCACCUUCCAACCUCGGUCCCACCACCAUCGGAGAAAACGUUGCUCAAACGCAGCCCCCUCGAGAAGCCCAUGACACCUCACCGCGUCGUUCCAGCAGCUCCAGCUCUAGCUCCUCGGAGGAUGACGGACAAGGCGGGAGGAGAAGGAAGAAGAAAGGGUUGACACAGAAGAUAAAAGAGAAGUUAACCGGAAGUGGGAAACACAAGGAGGGGGGUACUCACGACAGCACCGCCACCACCACCACUGUGACGUCGGUCGAACAUCAAGAAACUGGGAAGAAGGGGGUUAUGGAAAAGAUCAAAGAGAAAUUGCCUGGCCACCAUCAUUGAUCACAAAUAAUUCUCUGCUACUUCUCCAGUUAUCAUGGAAACUUAUUUAGUAUAUAUGUUUGUGUUUUGUGUAAUCUGUGUUUGUGUGUUUUUUUGGAUUUUGGCUGUGUGCUGUCCUUUUUCAGAUUUUUUACUUUUGGAUAUUUUGAUUUCCAAUUUGUGUAUCUUUGCAAGUUUGGUUCUUUGUAAUGUUUUAGGGGUUUUAAUAAUUGUAGUGUAAUUUCUCGUGUACGUAUAUUUUUGUUGUAACUAGAAACUAAUAAGUUAUGAGUUAAUUUAUAAAUAAGUUAUGAGUUAGUUUA